AACCAAACUUUCCUUUCUACUCUCGUGAAUCACCGUCUUUAUUUCAACCCAACCGGCCACCCUCUCUCUCUCUUCUCUCUCUCUCUCUUCUCCCCUGAACGGGAAUUUCCUUCCGGCUUCAAUUACCUUUGGAAAUCCUAAGACGAACAAUGGCUGCUCUACUGAAUUCUUUGGUUUUAAAAAACCAUUCUCCACUCCAUCUAUCACCUGGCUAUGCUUUCAAGCCAAUGGACCAAUAUACUGGAAGUUCGGCCCCCAACUACUUGUCCUUCAGAUCCAUUCAGAUAGGGGAAAGACAAAUUUCCACCUCUAGAAGGGCACUUACUGUUCAAGCUGGAUACAGGGACGGUGGAAGGUCAGGAAAUUCAACCAUCUUUGUUGGUGGUUUUCUUUUGGGAGGAAUAAUAUUUGGCACACUCGGAUGUGUAUAUGCACCUCAGAUCAGCAAGGCACUGUUAGGACCUGAAAAAAAGGAGUUAAUGAAGAAACUGCCCACAUUUAAAUAUGAUGAAGAAAAAGCCUUGGAGAAAACUUGAAAGUACUAGAAGAGAAGAUAGCACAGCUGACCACCACUUUAGACGAGGUUUCAUCUCGCUCUUGAUCAGGAGCAUCCCAAAUCAACUGAACUGUCUGUGGAUGCAAAUGAGCUAGUGAGCACGUGAGAAUGCUCAUAUUUAACAUUCGGUAUCAUGGCCCUCAGAUUAAUAAAUAAUUGUUGAUUUCGUCUGUUAUCUUUCCUUCUCGACAGAAUGCGGUUGUGUCUUUUGAUGUAACAGUUCUGUGCCUAUGUGAACUUAUUGUUUUAUUGGUAGAAUAAGACUAUGGCACAAUAUCUGUGGGCUGAUUUGUAUAUAAUGCCUUUUCGUGUUUCUGUUUCGGUGUAUAAUUAUCUGAUAUUCACUUUGUGUUGGCUUUUGCAACCACAAUUGUGAAUUUUCUCAAGUGACUUCUUGAAGCGUAA